GCCACCUCGAAUACGUCUUAGGACACACGGCAGCGCAGUUAUUCGGUCUCUUCGAAGGUCUACGCUUCCUCCAGCUUAUUCCAUACUACUCGUAUAUUGUCUGACCCUGGUGCUGCGGUCACGAUCGAAAAGUAGUUUCGGCUUAUCAAUCGAUUUCGAGGUUUCGCUCUUGUGAGGUGAUAACGUGCAACUCGAAGAAUGUCGUCCAAGUUGCGGAGGGCCCCGCUCAUUGCCUACGAGGGAGGCGUCUUCAUACAUCAAGAGUUUUCAGGAAAUAAGGCAACGAAUCAUCCCCUAAAGAUGGAGUGCGGUGUGGGCUACACGAACGGCACCACCCCCGCUGGUAUCCUGGCGGACGUCCGAUCGGAACGCUCGCCCGCGAAGACGGGGCUACACGUCGAUUUCAAGGACAAGGGCGAGAUCAAGGAGAAGCGCGAGAAAUUCCUCACUGCCAAGUACGGCCACCACCAGAUGAGCCUCAUCAGGAAGAGGCUGGCGGUGGAGAUGUGGCUGUACGAGGAACUGAAGAAGCUGUACGAGAAUAAAUCCACAAAGCAAGUAGACGAUGUAAAUAGUGACGAGGUCGAGGUGGAUAUAGAUGAACUCCUAGAUAUGGACAGUGACGAGGAGCGGCGGAGGCAUUUACAGAAUUUACUUAUAAAUGCCAAAGGUUCCCAAAGUGAAGUAAAAAAAUUCAUCAAUGAUCUACUAGACAAAGCUAAGACUCUUUAAAUUAGUGAAGUGCCAAAAAAGGUUCAAGUGAAGACUUUGGCCCAACGGAGCCCAAUCUGCACAAGUUUUAGUGAUUAUUUAAUUACAUCGAUGUUCAUUGUUGGAAGUUGUAUUCCAUCCUAAUUUGCCGAGAAAUGUUCCAGCAUAUUCUAACACAAGGUUUUGUAAUAUCAUAUUAACAAAAAAAAAGUAGGCGUACGUUGUCAUUGUGGCCAGUUUGCCAUUGAAAUUGUUGAUACAGUGUUUUCUAAUUUUUUUAUAUUUUAGCAUCAUUGUAAACUUAAGAUUAUUUAUGAUAAACGAUGCAUAGCUAGUCGUCAAGGAGUAGGAAUCAUAUCAGACUGCCUUCUGGAAUUUUGUCCAUGUCAAGUUUUAUAAAUUGCUCUGAGAGCAAAUUACAACUCCUGCCUCUAAAAAUGGAAUUCUCAAAAUGGGAUUCAUAAUUUGCCAAAAAUCUUCUGUAUUUUCAAAAUUUCAAACGUUAGGUUUUUAUUUUUAACCUAGUUGACUGUGAUAUGUAACUGUUAAAAUUAACAAUGUAUUAAGUAAGCCAUAGAAAACAAUCUUCCCAGGUAGAAUAAAUUUUAU